AUGGCACAUUUUACACGUUUUGUUGCAAUUGAAGAUAAGUUUCAAACAAGUUUAUUCACAUUUAUUUUACCCAGUUCAUAUCUAUUGAAUACUGAAGAAGAAUUGUUGACACGUGAAUUUAUUUGUAAACAUAUACCAUUUGUAUUAUCAUUUGUUAAAAAUGGUGAUCAAUUAAAUGCGUUUCUUCUUCAACGUAAUAUAUCCGAAACACUCGAAGUCACUCUCGAUUUUUCAUUAAAUUUAUUAUGUCGUGAACAUUUUACACGUAAUGAAAAUUUUGUUGAAAAACAAUGUAAAUUUAAUCGUACAACUACGUUACAUGGACGAAAAUCGUUUACAUCCAUAAAUCGUUUAUGUUCCGUUGAUUUUAUGGAUGAACGUGGAAAUAUUCAAUGUGAAUUAGAGAUAAAAAAUUUAGCUUGUAGCUAUAUGUACGAAGUACAAAUACCUUCACAUGCCCAAUCGCCGUAUGCACAUGUUAUGACUAAACAACCGUUAGAUCAAAAAAUAGAAACCGCUCACUUUUAUUAUUCAAAUUAUGAAUGGUGUUGUAUUAUACAACCAAAAUUAGAUAGUGUUGGACAAUUAGGCUAUUUUCGUUUGUAUAUUCAACGUCUAACCCCGUGUGACCAUUCGGUUAAAUUAACAUAUAAAGUAAAAUUAGUAAACGGAAAUUUUGUAUGGGAUGCAAAUCAAGAACGAUUAUCGAAUGGACCUCAAUAUCAACCAUUGCCAUCUAAAACUGAUAAUGAAGUCAAUUAUACAGAUGUCAAUGGAAUGUGUAGACCUUAUAGAAUUGAUAGAGUACGAGAACUACUACAAACAAAUGGAAAAUUUAUUAUUCAUAUCGAUUUGAAAGACGCUGUCAUGUCUUCAAUUGAUUUUGUUUUAGCUGUGUUUCCAAUUAUUGUUGAUCCAUUUUCACAACAUCCGAUUCCUGUUCCUUUCAUUGAUAAAGAUAAACAAGCAUGGACCGUUGAAGCCUACAUUGAAGAACAAUGUUUCAUAAUUCGUCUUUAUUAUCAAGAUAUAUUUAAGAUACCUACCGGUUAUGUAAGAUGUAUCUGUUUCAACAUUACAGUGAGAAAUCAUGAUGAUACAAAAAUAACAACAUCCGUAUUUCAAAAACCAGUAACGAAAUAUUAUUCACAAAAGGAUAACGACGAAGGAUUAGAAAUAAGUACAACGUUGGACGUUGAAGAACUCACUCAUCACGGUUACUUGAAUGAACAUAAUGGUGUCACUAUUGAAAUUGAAACAUUUUAUACUCAUUUAAUGUUUCAGCCAGAGUAUUCACCGUUAGAUGAUAUUGUACGAAAACAUAAACUUCAAAUUAUGCGUGAAUUAUUGGCUGCACAAAAUGAAAAUUAUUCGUUAGAAAAACAGAUGCAUAAUUUACAAAUGACAAUUCAGAAUCCAUCCCGUGGAUUAUCAUCGGACAUGGGUAAUUUAGCAUCAGCCGGUGUUGGUCUAAGUGCGCCGCCAACACCCAACGUUGUACGAAAAUAUUAUGAAAUGAAAUAUGGUGAUAAAGGUUCAACAACAAAUUUAAGUGAUCAGCAAUCAACCAUCAUCUCCUCCGCCACAUCAUCCGCAGCAAUACCGUCUUCAUUGUCAAAUGCUGUUCGAAAUGGUAUUGGACCUAAAGGACCUAAUCCUGUGCCCCCACCAAUGACAGUGGGUGCAAGGGGCUCCACGUUUAAAUUUCCUACCCCACGUCUACCUAAUUCAAUUCAAAAUACAUUACAAAAUACGUCACAAACUAUACAAUCAAAAUUACCCGCUAGUUUACAAAAAUUACCACAGAGUUUACAAAAUCCAACUAUUAAUAUGUUAGCAAGCAAAUUUCAAAAUGCUUUUUCCUGA